CAAGGAUUCACACUUAUAAAUCACUCAUGGGAGCACUUCAUUAAUAAACCAACAGGCAAACACCAAGAGACACAUAGAGCUUAACAAAGCUUAGCUUCAGCAUUGGAUAUGGAAAUUUGUAAUGCAACGACGGAGCGUGAGGCCCCAUGCUUAUCACAUGACCUGUUUGAAAAAGCCAUGAGAGGCCAAUGGACGGAAGUCGUGGAGAUUUACAAGGAAGACGAGGAAAGCCGAGUAGCGGUGCUGACGGCAUCUAGGGAUACGGCAUUGCAUUUAGCAGUGUCGGGUGGGAGAGCUAAGGAGGUGAAGCAGAUGGUGGAAAGCCUGGGCGAAAAGGUUUCGGAGAUUUUGUGGCUGAAAAACGCCAAAGGGAAUACAGCGCUACACACGGCGGCUGAGUUGGGAGAUGCGUACAUGUGCAAACGCAUAGCUUCGAAGGUUCCUGAUCUGAUUACUAACUGCAACGAACAGAAUGCGACACCUCUUUUCUUGGCAGCCCUUUUCGGCCACCAAGAAGCGUUUCUUUGCCUCCAUUUUCUUUGCAAAGGAAACCCCUUGGACGCUGGGAGUAGGAAGCCUAAUGGGGACACAUUUCUUCAUGUUGCACUUCAAGGGGAAUUCUUUAGUACGAUUUUUUUUUUCUUUUGGAUUAAGGAAAAUAUGAAGAUAAACUUAGUUGUAUGUUUGGCAUUUCAAAUCGUUCGCAAAUAUCCAGAGCUUGCCAAGGAUAGGAACGAAGAUGGAUUUACUCCCCUCCAUAUUUUAGCCACCAAGCCUAACGCAUUUAAAAGUAGUUGUCGGCUUGGACUGUUUGAUCGGAUUAUCUAUUGGUGCAAAACAGUGAAAGAAGUAAAGGAGAUAAAAAACGACCCCGAGGCUUACUUGAAAAGGUUUGAUGGAAGCAAAGAGCCUUGGUAUCCUGAAAAUUAUGGAACCUGUGCUCAUUUCUUUCACAUGCUAUUUGGUGUUGUCUUUUAUGGAUUGCCUUCAUUGCAAAACAUUAGGUCUACGAAAGUGAUCAGUGGCUUCCAAGCUGAUGAAGAGAAGGGUAGAAACAACAAUCAUGCUUUAGAAGAUAAAGGUGAAUCAAAAGACGAGGAAGAGGAAAAAUACAAUCUCAAGCAACGCUAUGUUCCACCCAAUUAUGCCUCAAUUAUCCUCUCUCUUGAGUUUUUCCUGAAUUUGCUGCUAAUAGUUUUGGGACAUGGGUUUCACAGAAUAAAGAAAAUCAUAAUAAAGAAAGAGAGACACACAGUUGCACUGCAAGUCAUGAAUGAAUUAGUGAAGACAGCUUGUCCAUACAAAUUUAGUGAAAGAGAGACUGACAUUCAUUUUGACCCUCGCAUUACGGGGGAGGCUCAAGGUGAGGAGGCUGAGACCGAUAAGAAGAAAGGUUGCUCCAUCAAGGAAGGGACAGUCACAGUAGCACCAAUGGAGAGCUUUCUUAAAGAAUACAGGAUAAUAGGGUCGGUGGAUUCUAAGAGCUCAAAGUACUCGGUGAAAAUGGCAUUUGAAAAGAACGUAAUUCAUAAACAAAAAGAGACAGAGACGCCUUUCUUGAUAGCAGCAAAGAUGGGAAUCACAGAAAUGGUGGAAAGUAUUUUAGAAAAGUUCCCUGUUUCUAUUCAGGACUUGGAUGCUGAUGGCAAAAACGUGUUGCUUUUAGCAGUGGAGAAUAGGCAAACGCAUACUUUUCAGUUCCUAAUCAACAGAGAAACCCCGUUGCAUGAAAGCAUUUUCCGAAAGUGGGAUCAUCAAGGGAACAAUGCAUUGCACCUUGCUGCCAAAUAUGGAGAAUAUCGUCCUUGGCUCAUUCCAGGAUCUGCUUUACAAAUGCAAUGGGAGCUCAAGUGGUAUAAGUUUGUCAAGCGAUCCAUUUCAAAGCAUUUGCCUAUUCAUUACAAGUACAACAAGAAGAAUCAAACCCCAAAGCAAAUCUUCACGGAGACACACAAAUUGCUUGUCAAAGACGGCAGCGCAUGGCUCACGAAAACCUCCGAAUCUUGCUCACUUGUAGCAGCAUUGAUAGCCACAGUAGCAUUUGCAACAUCAGCAACUAUCCCAGGUGGAGUUAAGGAAACCUCUGGCACACCAGUUCUCGCGGAUGAGCCCGCAUUCUCCGUGUUUUGCAUUGCAUCCUUAAUAGCCCUUUGCUUCUCCGUGACAGCCCUGGUAUUUUUCCUAGCAAUCCUGACUUCCCGAUUCGAAGAGAAAGAUUUUGCUUGUAAAUUGCCUUGGAGACUCAUUAUCGGCCUAACAGCAUUGUUCACUUCAAUAACUGCAAUACUAGUCUCAUUUUGUGCAGGCCAUUUCUUCGAACUUAAAGAUAGGCUAAAGUUUGCAGCUUUACCGAUUUACAUAGUAACAUGUUUGCCUGUUUCCUUCUUUGCACUUGCACAGUUGCCCCUCUACUUCGAUCUUUUACGAGCAAUCAUCAAGGAUAUCCCACAGCGUAGUUAUAAGGAGUUUACUCAAUAACUAAAUUGCUUAGCAUUUUUCAUGUUUAUCAUCAACUUCAUUGGGUGUUUCUUAAAAGAUAUAGUAUAAUAAAUUUUGAUAUGUAUGCUACUGCUUUCUUGUAAUGUUACCAAAUUGAAUUCAAUACGAAUAAACCGAACUUUUUGAAGUUUCCUAAUAUAUUUAGAAAUGUUUUCAUAUCAGAUCUCCGGAUCUAAUAGAAGCAUUUACAGAUAUUUUAGAGAAAAUAAAGAACUCGAAUAAUUCUAGAACCUGACAACAUUCACAGACACACAAACAUGGGGAAUUGGCAAACUGCAUGGCACAUUACUAAAAUCCGACACUAGAGUUUACUUACUGAUUACGGCGUUGCAGAUCAACAG